UUUUUCGUAGUUGUUGACUUGAUAAUCAAAGAGUAAGUCCUCACCGUUAGAAGUGUCUAUUGCAUGGUCCAUAUUAAGCAGCUCCCUACCUCCCUACCACCGUCUCGACAGAAUCUGCGCAGACAUCGAACAGAUCUUCAAUAGAGCAAUUUCCAACGACAAACCUCAUCCAAACCACCAAUUCAAUCCCCAUACCAUUACCACCUACUACUCCCUCUCAUUCAUUCUCCUUCAACACAGACACACACACACACACACACGAUGAAACUCCUAACCACCAACUUCCUCACCUGCGCCGUGAAAACAUGCAAAACCUCACCUGAAUCCUACCCACUCCAUUUCCGCGACGCCAGCCUCCAAAAGACAGAAAUUGAAUUCAAUCCUUUAUUCAUGCGCAACAUCCUCCCACGGGUUAACUGGGAGGCUCUAAAAACCACUGCCCAAGAACUAGGACUCUCUAAGCUUGUUCCAGACAAGAAUCCAAUCGAUGUGAAUGACAGUGCGGCGGAGAUUGAAGUCGAGCGGAAUCGGCAAAACGAACAAGAGGAGGAGGAGGAUGAGGACGAGGUUAUGGAUUUGGAAGGCGGCCAGGAAUCUUCAGAUCCAACGACGACAGCGACAAGCGAGGCAGAUAAUGUCGUUGGUGAAGAGGUUUUGAAGAAUCUGCAUGGUUUAUUACUCGAGACGGGCGUCACGGAAGGGAAACUCGUCUGUGGGAAUUGCGGGUUCGAAUAUCCUAUCAAAGAUGGAGUGGGCAAUUUCCUCCUUCCGGCUCAUUUGGUGUGA